UGAGGAGUGAUAAAGAUCUCAGUCCUAAUAUUGUUCAAUUAUCAAAUUAUUAUUAAAUUAUCUGAUUAAAAGAAACAUAAAAUGGGCAAAACAAUAAAAAAUAUCGAAAAAACACAAGUGGAAGAUGAUGAUGAGUUAGUUGACUUGAGCAAUGGCAUUCCAGAUAAUGAUCAUUUUGGUGCAUCCUACAUUUUUGAAAGGGCGCUGAAGCGAAUGGAUGUACAAACUCAACAACGUCGACUACAACAGGACAAAUAUGAAAGUCAAUUGAAGAAUAUCGAAAAUGAUAACAAAAUGUUGGAACUCAAAUUGACAAACAAAGACAAAGACCUCGACAAACUUAAAGACAAAUUUAAAAAUACACAGGCACAAUUGGUUGCAAUCAAAAUCGAAAAGGACAUUCUGGAGAUGAAAUUACAGUCCGAAUUAAGGAAUACACAUCGUUUAACUCGAGAUGUGGAUAAUCUGCAAUGGACGAAAAAUGAACUUUUAGAUAUAAUGAACCGCAGUCAAAAUAUUGAAGAAUUACGUCAAAAAAUGUUAGCCAGAAGAUUAUAUUGAACAGACUUUUACAACAUUCUCAUAAAAUCAA